CGUAUAUUUCUCCCGACGCGACUAGCCAAUCUACUAUUACCACAUGCGGCGCGAACGACUCGAGCGACGGGAGUCUCGUGCAAAGCAAGCACCACCCCUUGAUGUAUACAUCCCCUGCAAUCUCUCAAUUGAUCCUCAUACCAUACUCAUCUCUCUCUCUCUCUCUCUCAAUCCUGCAAAGACUUAUCGUUUCCGAACCGAGUAGUGCUGCGCUUAGUGGUUCUGUACGUACGUGUGAGUUGAGGAGACGGCAUAUCAGAGUUGUCUUAUGGGAGGGAGGGGGUGCUUACGCAGCAGGAGCAGGAGUUGCUGUAUUUUUUAGUCCGACGUUAGCCAUAAACAUUUCAGAGAAAGGGAAGAGAGAUGUGAACUACAUGCAAGGGAAUUGAGAGCUUACCAGUCAGAGCAAGAGCAAGUAGCGCAUCCACAGCUGGCGGGUUCCAUUUUGAAUGUAGGUAGCUUGGGGGGAAACCGAAGUUUAUAUAUAGGCGAAAUAUGUUUGAUAUAUGAGGUCUCGUGGUUGUACGAAGCU